AUGACACGUUACCUGAAGCAAAACGCCGUCUGUGUGAUCAACUGCUCCUGGGACGUGAAGGAGUUGGAGCAGCAGCUGCCUGCCAAGAUGCGGCGGGAUCUGGCAGAGAAGAAGGCCAAGCUGUUCAUCAUCGAUGCUACCAAGAUUGCAGUGAAGGCCGGCCUGGGCAAGCGCAUCAACAUGAUCAUGCAAACCGUCUUCUUCAAGCUGAGUGCCGUCAUGCCCUACGAAGAGGCCGUGGAGAUGCUGAAGAAGAGCAUCAAGAAGAUGUAUGGCAAGAAGGGCGACAAAGUGGUGAAGAUGAACAUCGACGGGGUCGAUGCUUCAAUCGCGGGCAUCGUGGAAUGCGAAGUUCCAGCUGCUUGGGCAUCCCUGGCAGUCGACACGGAGGCUUCCGACGCCAAGACCAGCACGGUCGCUUAUGCCAAGGGGCCCCGCAUGUUCCCCGAAGUGCAGAAUGCUUCGCAGUUUGCCGCGCAAGUGCAGAAACCUUGCAACAAUCUGGAUGGCAACUCUCUGCCGGUGAGUGCCUUCGUGCCUGGUGGCCGCGUGCCAUGUGGUACCAGUCAGUACGAGAAGCGUGGCAUUGCAAUCCAGGUGCCUAAGGUAGGCAUGGACAAGUGCACGCAGUGCAACAAGUGCAGUCUGAUCUGCCCCCAUGCAGCCGUAAGACCAUUCCUGAUGACCUCUCAAGAGCUGGGGAAAGCGCCGGCAUCGUUCAAGGAAGGCAGCCGUUCUGCUAUCGGAGGAGGCGUUUUGGACAACUACCAGUACCGCAUUCAGGUGUCCCCCUGGGACUGCACUGGCUGCGAGCUGUGCGUGCGCAUUUGCCCCGCGGAUGCACUGACCUUGGGUCCGGCCGAGAAGGCCAUUCAGGAAGAGGAGGCCAACUGGAACUUCGCCGUGGCACUGCCGGACCGCGGCGACGAAAUUGACAAGACGACGGUCAAGGGCUCCCAGUUUCAGAAGCCAUACCUUGAAUUCUCGGGGGCGUGCGAGGGCUGUGGUGAGACGCCGCAUGUGAAGCUGAUGACCCAGCUCUUCGGCGAUAGACUUGUCAUUGCCAAUGCCACAG